AUGGAAGGAGUCAAUAAAACUUUGAAGAUUCAGUUCUUCUUCCGCCCAUUCUCAACUCACCCCGAGGUGCAGACGGUGAUUUUUGUGGCCUUCCUGGUGAUGUACCUGACCAGCCUCUGUGGAAAUGCUACCAUCGCAGGCAUCGUCCAGGUCAACCACUCCCUCCACACGCCCAUGUACUUCUUCUUGGCUAACUUGGCAGUCCUGGAAAUCUUCUACACAACUUCUAUCGCCCCGCUGGCUUUAGCCAACCUUCUGUCGAUGGGCAAAACCUCUGUUUCCAUCACUGGAUGUGGCGCCCAGAUGUUUUUCUUCGUCUUCUUGGGUGGUGCUGACUGUGUCCUGCUUGCAGUCAUGGCUUAUGACCGUUUUGUAGCGAUCUGUUACCCUCUGAGAUACACCCUCAUCAUGAGCUGGCCCUUGUGUGUGGAGCUGGUGGCAGGGUCGCUAGUGCUGGGGUUCCUGUUAUCACUGCCACUGACCAUGUUAAUCUUCCAUCUCCCAUUCUGCAACAACAAUGAGAUCUACCACUUCUAUUGUGACAUGCCUGCAGUCAUGCGCCUGGCUUGUGCAGACACACAUGUUCAUGAAACUGCUCUUUAUAUCAUCAGCUUCAUUGUUCUCAGUAUCCCCCUCUCACUCAUCUCCAUCUCCUAUGUCUUCAUUGUGGCCGCCAUUUUGCGGAUCCAGUCAGCAGAAGGGCGCCACCGAGCCUUCUCCACCUGCUCCUCUCACAUCAUCGUGGUCCUCCUGCAAUAUGGCUGCACCAGCUUCAUAUACUUGUCCCCCAGUUCCAGCUACUCUCCUGAGAUGGGCCGGAUGGUGUCCGUGGUCUACACUUUCAUCACCCCUAUUUUAAACCCAUUGAUCUAUAGUAUGAGGAACAAGGAACUGAAAGAUGCCCUGAGGAAGACUCUGCGAACGUCUAGAUAG